AAAUUGGGGAUUGAAAGGUCUGAUUUUUAACGUUAAGUUUGAGUUAGACGUUACUUUUCGGCUCGGACUUCGUGGAUUUUCUGUUUAGACUGUCCGUGAAAUCCAAUUUCCCAAUAUGGAUGAUACCGAUCCAUAUUUUUGUAUGCAAGAUGAAGUUUGCAAAAAUUUACAACUCACCAAAACGCUAUAUGAAGAUUGGAAAAGCGGAUCAGCUUCUGAUGGUCAGAAGUUACUAACUAAAAUCAGACAAACAGUCAAGAAUAUAGAAUGGGACUUGAUGGAUCUACAGGAAACUAUUGCAGCAGUUGAAAAUAAUCCUACCAAAUUUCAUUUAUCCGAUAAAGAUAUAUCAGCAAGACGUCAAUUUUUGAUAGAAGCUAAAAAUGUUGUCAAAAAUGUAAAAAAUCAUUUAAACAAAUCCGAUAAUAAUAAUAGUAAUAACAAUAAUGGUAUUAAUAAAAGAAAUGACUCAUCGAUUAUUGAUUUCACAGUUCAUACUGCACCGCAUCCUUCAUCAGCUCCGGCACCUCCACCAGCAUCAGUGUUGUGUAAUGGAGAUUUAAAAGUAAAUAAUCCAAUUCCAAUCACAAACAAAGUAUCAUCAUCAUCAUCGCCCAACAUGAUGAAAACCACAAUCAAUACUCAUCAAAAAACCGCAUCAUCAUUAUUACCUUCUUCAGAUAUCUACUCCACUAAACCUUUUCAUCAUCCUUUAACACAACAAAAACAAUUAUUAUCCGACCAAGAUAAUCAACUAGAUCAAUUAAGUACAACCAUAUCAAAUUUAAAAGGUAUGUCACAACGUAUCGGUGAUGAAUUGAGUGAUCAAGUUAUGCUGCUGGAUGAUUUCAAUUCAGAAAUGAUUAGUACUGAGUCAAGAUUAGAUUCUAUCACUAAACGUACUGCACGUCUAUUACAUUUGAAUACAGAUCGUCGUCAAUGGUGUGCUAUAUUCUCAUUGCUGGUGACAUUCAUUGUGAUAUUGAUUUUAUUUGCUAUUCUAUAAGAGAAGAGGAGGAGGAGGAGGAGAUGGUGCUGUUCAUCAUCAUCUGAAAUGCAUAUUGAAUCAUUUUGUAUGUAUAAACACGCUUUUGUAUCAUAGUACUCUACUUACUGUUGUUGUCUUCUGUGUGUGCGUGUGUUCGUUCAUUCAUCUCCAUGAUUAAUUUUUUUCUCUCUCAUGAUUUGCUUGAUUUAAUUUUUCUUGUUUUAUGUUUUGGUGGUCCUAGUUUAAUUUAUUUACUGUUCUCUCUCUCUCAAAAAAAACAAAAUAUUCUUCAACAUGUGUUGUUGCUGGUGUUGUUUUCAAUGUACAAUGUGUGAUGUGUGAUAUUUUUUGUGUGAUGGUGAAUUGAUCAUUGUUAUUAUGAUUAUUGACUAAAUUCCUUUGUACACCUACCUAUUUGUCUGUGAUGAUGACGAUAAAUACAGUCAGAGGUUUUUUU